AUUCUUCCAUGUGGCUUACUCAUCUUUCUUUUUGCCUGCGAAUGCCUAAUAGCUGUGAGCUAUCCCAGCAGAGAAACCAGUUGAUAAUAUUCUCUGCUAUGGUUUGCACUCGGAAUCAGCUGUAGUGCGGACUGAUUGCGUUAUCAAUCAGUUGUAAUUGUGCUAUUGUGUGUUCCAAAGGGUGUUUGUGUGAUGAUAAGAGUUUAGUCAGCUCUUCCAGGAGGCUGCAAUUCAACUUCAAUUUAGUGUUGUUUUUAUUGACCGGUUGUACGAAGCGUACAUUGUUUGGAGCAGCAAAAUUACUGAGAGGACCCAUUAUUUUUGUCGAUAAUUCUGUUUACGUUUUCGUUUCUCUUUACUGCUCGAAAUCCACGUCGAUAUGGACAACAGCGACACCUCUGUCCAUGUACUGGAAGCAAUUCCGGAUAGCAGUCGAGUGUCCCAGCUGAAAGCGCAUUUUGUAGAAGCAUUUAAUCGAAAUCCAAGCUUUUUUGUACGAUGCAGUGGAAGAGUCAACAUCAUCGGAGAACAUGUGGAUUACUGCGGCUACCCAGUGCUACCCAUGGCAAUCGAGCAGACUAUUCUUUUGGCAAUGGCGCCGUCCGACGAUAAUUUGGUCCAUUUGAAAAAUGUCGACCCAAAAUAUAAGCCAUUCAAAUGUAAUAUUAAUACUUUUACUAUUGACUUGCCCGACUCAACCGGCCCUGAGUGGUACAAAUACUUUUUAUGUGGUGUUAAAGGUAUUAUGGAGUUCGCAAAUCCCCCUCAACCCAGAGGAAUGAUGGUAGUUUUAUCAGGCAAUAUUCCGCCAGCUUCCGGCUUAUCAAGCUCAAGCGCAGUAGUAAGCGCCUCCGUUCUUGGCUCUGCUUUUAUCCAUAAUAUAACUUUAGACAAACAAGCCUUGGCAACAAUUUCAGCAGACUGCGAGAGAUUUAUUGGUACCCAAGGAGGUGGCAUGGACCAAGCGAUUGCGUAUCUCGCGAAACAGGGCUGUGCACAAUUUAUUGAAUGGAAUCCAUUGAGAGCCACAUCAAUUAAUCUGCCAAGCAAUGCAGUUUUUGUGAUUGCCAAUAGCUUGACAGAAGCUAACAAAGCAGCUACGUCUGAUUUUAAUCAAAGAGUUGUUGAAUGCCGACUAGCAUGCAGAUUUCUAGCAAAAAAGAUGCAGAUAAAUUGGCGUGAUAUUUGGCGCUUUUCGGCUUUGCAAAAUGUACUUAGCUAUUCUCUUGAGGAAAUGGAAGAUAUUACAAAUAAAUAUUUGACUCAACUGGCAUAUACCAGAGAUGAACUUUUGAACUUUUUUGAAAUAUCCGCUGAUGAUUUUGCCGAAAACUUACUCACUCCAAACACAAAAGAUGCUCAAGUCUUCAAGCUACGCCAAAGAGCUCUGCAUGUAUUCCAAGAGGCUAUACGCGUUAGCACCUUUGUGGAGGUCGCGAAGCAACAAACACCAGACGCAAUCCAUUCGAUGAAGCAGUUGAUGAGACAAUCCCAUGAGAGCCUCAAAACAUUGUACGAAUGCUCGCAUCCGAACCUUGACAAACUCGUACAGAUCUCGGACUCACUUAAUGUGGGGGCUAGAUUGACUGGCGCCGGAUGGGGCGGCUGCAUUGUGGCUCUUUGCGAUGGAUCGAAUCAAAGUAUUGACUACAUAAACUAUUUGAAACAGUCCUAUUACGCAGACUUGAAGCAGGCUGAAGGGAAGAAUUUGGACGAAAUUGUAUUUGCCACUAGUCCCCAGCGCGGUGCGGAAAUAUACUUGAUGGACGGUACAAAAAACUUCAUUGAAUAGGGCUGUCAUGAAGGAUAAUUGGAUGAAGUUACCAAUAAAUAAUAUAGCUAAGUAGAAGUAACAAUAUUGUCUAGCAAAAUGAAAAUGUAGUCUAAGUCUUACAUAAAGGACUGAAGAAAUCGCUGUCAAGCGGUUUGUUCUAAUAAAAUAUGAGAUCAAGCAAGCUGCACUAAAAUAAA